AUUAUUUUGCUCGCCCGCUAUGGACUCCAAACCACCGCUAUCAGAGAAAUUUGGGGCCGCCCACGUCCAGCUAGCUGGCCAGUUAGAAUACGGGGAGGGUGUCGUUUGGCGCGGGGUAUGGGAGUAUGCGCCUGAGACGAGAUUGAAGGGUGGGCGUCUUAAGUUCGAGUACCAGAGGAAGCGGUCGGCAACGGCAUUCGACGCGGAGACGCCCCAAAUGGAAGAUCAAGAGUUGGGUGGACAGAUGCUUACACUUGAGAAUGAGAACGGUGUGAGACAGGCUGGAGUCAUUGAAACAAGAGUCAUGCCGCAGGCGUGGGAAGGGUAUUAUGAAGGUUAUUUCAUGUUGAAAAACCACGGGCACGAGCAGCGGAUAUUUGAGUCGUUCGCAGUGUGGCGCUCAGAAAAAGUGUCAACAUUUUCUUGCGAAAACGGUGGACAGUUCUUUGAUGCGGAUGCGACAUUGCCUUCAACUGUAGAUGCGGUCGCUUGGGGUAUGGGGCGAAAUGCAUAUGGGAAAUUCUUUCUGCGCGGCGCUACCUUUUUAGAUGGUUGCCUCCGCUUGGAACGAUUAUACGCUCUAAAUAGUGACAAAAAGCGAGCGCGUCAGACGGGACUGCCUCGGGACCGACGCUUUCUUGUACCACUAGUGUCGCGAAGCAGCACACGAGAGAAGCGCCCCCCUACGCAAUUCGACAACAGUGCGCCGUCGCCAGGAAUCUCGACCAGUUGUGAUGAGUCCCCAAAGCGUGGACGGGAUUGCAAAGGGACAUUUAGCUUGGGCGAGUUCGGUGAUGAUUCACUAAGCGACAAGGAUGGUAAUGAGGUGCCCAGGGAUCAGAAGCCAGGUCCAAGUCAUGACCAUGUCCAGAAGCGGCGUUGUGACGCGUGUGCUCAGAAUCAAGUUGAUGAUCAGGCAGAUUCUUCUGAUGAACUGAGUUCUGAAGAUGAAGAUGAAAUGCCAGAAUCAAACUGGCGAGCUGCCUUCAUCGAUGAAGACUCAGAUGAGAUUUACGAGGGGUGCGUGUGCCCCAUCACUGGUCUGCGACACGGUCUUGGAGCCGUUGUGCACCUUGCCCAUGGGCACCGCAUUUAUGAGGGCGAAUGGCGGCAUGGCCGCGAGCAUGGUCGUGGCAUACUUUUCUCAAGGGAUCGCACGACAGUCUACGAUGGUGAGUUUGCAGAUGGCAAGCUCCAUGGUCGUGGCACCUACUACCUACCUAGCGGGGCAGUGUAUAGCGGUGAAUUCCGUGAAAAUAUGAAGCAUGGUUUCGGUAGAUAUGUUCUCUCACCAAAUAGCAGCGGCUACGUGGGCGAGUGGCGUGAAAAUGCACGCCAUGGUCGUGGGCGAUUUGAAGCUUCAGAUAGCUCGAGCUAUGAUGGUGAAUGGGCAUUCGAUAAACGGAAUGGCAAAGCCACGCUCGAUCUUUCGAAUGGAACUAUUUAUGAUGGUCACUGGACUGAGGGCACUUUUGAGGGCCGUGGUUCUUGCAUUCACUCGGAUGGAAACAAAUAUGAGGGUAUGUGGCGCAGUGGCAAGAAAGAUGGUCGAGGCUCAAUUCAAUGGCCUAAUGGUGCAUCAUAUGAGGGACGAUUUCGCGAUGACAAAAUCGAUGGUCAGGGUGCCCUUCUCGUCCCAAAGCCCGUGUCUCUUGCGGAAAAUAUAAACAAAGGUUUCCACCGCGAUCAUCCUGACAAAAUCAAACAGUUACACAUGAUGCAUGGCUGGCUCCUGCCGAUCAAACUUAAAGCUGACAUGACUCGGGUCCAUCUCAAGGCUGGUUUCGACGAAGACGGCCAAUAGAAAAGAGCCUUAAUCUAGCUUCACCAGGAACCGCUUGCUGCGAACUUGAGACGAAACUUGUUGACACGAUGCAUCAUUCAGGUUCGUGGUAGAUCGUCCUGCGUGGCUCAACGUGUUAACAAAUAAUGAGCAACCAACAUCCUAACUAGGACCCCAUGCUCUCUUGUAGCGGGAUAGAGAGAUUUCGAACUGGCGGCUCGCUGGUACAGAGUAGAGAGCUAGAGAGAUUUCUACCUUGCUAGUGGCUCGCUAACAGAGACGCCGGUGU